AUGUGGGGCGGCAUCUACCUCACUGGGAAAACAAGGCUUGUCAUCAUUGGAGACAAUCUGAAAGAAGAGAGAUAUCGAGAUGAGAUUCUGCAACCAGUGGCAAUCCCAUAUCUCCACAGUCUGGGACCGAACUCUCUCCUCCAAGAUGACAACGCUCGCCCCUGCAGAGCGGGGUUUAUCAGAGACUACCUCCAGAAUUUGGGAGUGGAGAGGAUGGACUGGCAGUCCAGCAGUCCUGACCUUGACCCCACUGAACACUUGUGGGAUCAGCUUGGGCGUGCUGUUCAUGCCAGAGUGACCAACACAACCACAUUGGCUGACUUGCCACAAAUGCUGGUUGAAGAAUGGGAUGCCAUCCCACAGCAGUGGGAUGUCACAGCCAAUAAAUUAAAGCUGAGAUAUGAGACCGUCCCUCAAGAGUUCUUUGAGGUGUUAAAUAUAAACCCAGACAGUGACUUCAGGCUCAUGCUAGAAAACGAGCAGAGGAAUAGAGGCAACGACCCCACAUGGACCUGUGUGAUCCAAAAAGAUGACUACCAAGACAACAUGUCGGGCCAAGCCCAGGGACCCUCGGCCGGAGCAUCUGCUGGACGGUACAUGUCAGGAGGCGCUGCAGCAUCGCCCACGGAGGCAAAGAAACAAGGACAGGAUGAUGAAGAUGUUUACCCCGUGGAUAAGAAGUCCUUCAGGAGUCGGCUGGCUUUGCUCAUCGUCAAUCGGGAUUUUGACGAUCCGGACAUGACGAGAUAUGGAGCCGAGAAAGAUGAGCAGAAUAUGGAGCAUCUUCUCAAGGAACUGGGUUACAAAGUAUUUAAAUACACCAACCUCAGUGGACAGCAAAUUGACGAAGCCGUGAAGGAGUUCUCGCAGCUCCAGGGCCUCUCCCAGACAGACAGUGUCUUUGUGGUCAUCAUGUCUCAUGGGAACUUCGGAGUGAUCCAUGGCGUCCACUGGUGGAAGAAUAAUCCCGAUGAGUUCUGCAUCGAGAAUAUCUACAAACACCUGAACUCUGAGAACUGUCCGGCGCUGGUGAACAAACCCAAAGUCGUCAUCAUCCAGGCCUGCAGAGGAAAGAAAGAUGGAUCUGUGUUUAUUAGCGAUGGGGACAGUGCCAUCAUGGCCUCAGAUUGUGAGCCGCAGCCCAGCCAGGCAGACGACAUGGUGGAGGACGGCUUCAGAACACACAAAGAGAAAGACUUCAUCUCCCUGCUGUCCUGCACCCCUGAUACUUUGUCAUACAGACAAAAAGAAUCUGGGUCUUUUCUCAUCCAGUACAUUGCUGAAGAAUUCAACAAAUUUUGCCACGAGGACCACAUCGAGGAGCUGUUCAGGAAGGUCAUGAAGCGCUUUGAGAAAUUUCCCUGUGUCAACAAAAGACAGAUGCCAACCAAAGACCGAUGCACUUUAACAAAUCGGUUCUACCUCUUCCCAAGACCUUGAGCCGCCGCACGCUAUUGAACAAUGCAGAUUUCCUUUCUGUCACCUGUUUC